UGCCACCCUGGGUCCUCCUUCUGUAAAAGGAAUAGUGGUAACCCUACUGCCUGGCCCUCUGCCCCUAUGUGCCCAUUCUAAGGCUCAUCCUACCUUUGGGCCACAGAUUCCCUGAUCGCUCUGUUCCCAAAGGCCCCACCUCCCGGCCUCCUGUACUCCCUCCAGCUGCUUGUCCUGUGCCUACAGCGUCAAGUCACCUCCUUCUUCCUUCGCCUCCCAAUGCUUCCUUACCUCUUCCCCACCCUCUUUCCCGGCAGUUUACUCAGGGGCCUCCAGGGGCAGGGGGCAGCCAGGGGAGCCCUGAGAAAAGGAGUGACGCCAGCCUAGACAGUGGGAGUCAGGAUCCUUCUGGGACCUUGGCCCUUUCUGUCUACCCGCCAGGCCCUUUCCCUGCCUCCCCAGCCCUCCUGGGGCUCUGUCCACCAAAUAGGGAAAGAUACAGCUGAGAGCUAGCUGUCGGGUUUGGGAAAAGGCGAUGUCAUCAGCUGGCCCAGUGCUGUGACCCAUCCUCCAUCCGGCUGCUAGGGAUCCCCCUCCCCUGGGCAAGUCCCUUUUUUUUAAAAAAAAAAAAAAAGGAAAACAAAACCUAGGAUUUUGGGGAAGGAAUGAGACACCCUUCUGAGUCCUCCCAACAGAGCUGCUAGCUGAAUGGCUUACAGCUCAGCCAAUCGCAGAGGCUGGGGAUGCUUAAAAGAGCUGGCGGGGAGAGAGUCUGGUAGGAACCCUCAGGGAGACCCACAGAGACAGGGACACUGGACAGAGACAGAGGCACAGAGGCAAGCCAGAGUCGGGGGUGGACAGAGAAAGGCCAGAGAAGCUGCGGAGACAGAGGCAGGGAGAGACAAAGACCCAGGAGAGGAGGGUUUGCCCGAGCGGGGGCACUAGGCACCUCUCCCUAGCCAAGAGGCAAGUUUUCUCCAUCUGUCUGAAGGUCCCCAGCCCCUCCAAGACUCUGCCUCUGACCCCGGCCCUGGUCUAAGCCCCAGGCUGCAGAGAGGAGCUUUCCACAAAGCCAGGACGUGAAGGACUCAGGCCCCAACGGCCUCGGUCCCUCCCAGCUUCAGUACAGGGCUAUGUCCUGGACGGACCCGCACUCCGGGAGGGGCUGGGCGGGCUGCUGGCUGUGGGGAGCCCAACCCUGUCUGCUGCUCCCCACGGUGCCCAUCCCCAGGCUGGUGGGGCUGUUCCUGCUGCUGCUGGCCUCCCUCCAGCCCUCAGCCCGGCCGGCCAGCCCCCUCCCCCGGGAGGAGGAGAUCGUGUUUCCAGAGAAGCUCAACGACAGCAUCCUGCCUGGUUUGGGCACCCCUGCCAGGCUGUGGUACCGCUUGCCUGCCUUUGGGGAGACGCUGCUGUUAGAGCUGGAGCAAGACCCGGGUGUGAGGGUUGAAGGGCUGACGGUGCAAUACUUGGGCCAGGCACCUGAGCUGAUGGAUGAGGCAGAGCCGGGCACCUACCUCACUGGCACCAUCAACGGAGAUCCAGAAUCGGUGGCAUCUCUGCACUGGGACGAGGGAGCUCUGUUAGGGGUGCUGCAGUAUCGGGGGACCGAACUCCACAUCCAGCCCCUGGAGGGAGGCACCCCUAACUCUGCUGGAGGGGCUGCGGCUCAUAUCCUACGCCGGAAGAGUCCCACAAGCGGCCAGGGCCCCAUGUGCAGCGUCAAGGUGCCUCCUGGGAACCCCAGGCCCAGGCCCCGAAGAGCCAAGCGCUUUGCUUCCCUGAGUAGAUUUGUGGAGACCCUGGUGGUGGCAGAUGACAAGAUGGCAGCAUUUCACGGCGCAGGGCUGAAGCGCUACCUGCUCACAGUCAUGGCAGCUGCGGCCAAAGCGUUUAAGCAUCCGAGCAUCCGCAACCCUGUCAGCUUGGUGGUGACUCGGCUGGUGAUUCUGGGGCCCGGUGAGGAAGGGCCCAAGGUGGGGCCCAGUGCCUCCCAGACUCUGCACAGCUUCUGUACCUGGCAGCAAGGACUCAACACCCCCGAAGACUCAGACCCAGAUCACUUUGACACAGCCAUUCUGUUUACCCGGCAGGACCUGUGCGGGGUCUCUACCUGUGACACUCUGGGCAUGGCCGACGUGGGCACUGUGUGUGACGCGGCUCGGAGCUGUGCUGUGGUCGAGGAUGACGGACUCCAGUCGGCCUUCACUGCUGCUCAUGAACUGGGCCACGUCUUCAACAUGCUUCACGACAACUCCAAGCCAUGCGUCGGUCUGAAUGGUCCUGGAAGCACCUCCCGCCAUGUCAUGGCUCCUGUGAUGGCUCAUGUGGAUCCCGAGGAGCCCUGGUCUCCCUGCAGUGCCCGCUUCGUCACGGACUUCCUGGACAAUGGCUACGGGCACUGUCUCUUAGAUGAGCCAAAGGCUCCCCUCCACCUGCCUGUGACUUUCCCUGGCAAAGACUAUGAUGCUGACCGCCAGUGCCAGCUGACCUUCGGGCCCGAUUCACACCACUGUCCACAGCUGCCACCGCCCUGUGCUGCCCUCUGGUGCUCUGGCCACCUCAAUGGUCAUGCCAUGUGCCAGACCAAGCAUUCACCAUGGGCCGAUGGCACCCCGUGUGGGCCCUUACAGGCCUGCAUGGGUGGCCGCUGUCUCCACGUGGACCAGCUCCAGGACUUCAAGAUCCCACAGGCUGGUGGCUGGGGCCCCUGGGGAUCAUGGGGCGACUGUUCUCGGAGCUGUGGGGGUGGUGUCCAGUUCUCCUCCCGGGACUGCACGCGGCCGGUUCCCCGGAAUGGCGGCAAGUACUGUGAGGGCCGUCGCACCAGAUUCCGCUCCUGCAGCACUCAGGACUGCCCAGCAGGCUCUGCACUGACCUUCCGGGAAGAGCAGUGUGCUGCCUACAACCACCGCACUGACCUCUUCAAGAGCUUCCCAGGGCCCAUGGACUGGGUCCCCCGCUACACAGGCGUGGCCCCCCAAGACCAGUGCAAACUGACCUGCCAGGCCCGGGCACUGGGCUACUACUAUGUGCUGGAGCCACGGGUAGUAGAUGGGACACCCUGUUCCCCGGACAGCUCCUCGGUCUGUGUCCAGGGCCGCUGCAUCCAUGCUGGCUGUGACCGCGUCAUUGGCUCCAAAAAGAAGUUUGACAAAUGCAUGGUGUGUGGUGGAGAUGGUUCUGGCUGCAGCAAGCAGUCUGGCUCCUUCAGAAAGUUCAGGUACGGAUACAACAAUGUGGUCACUAUACCAGCGGGGGCUACCCACAUCCUGGUGCGGCAGCAGGGGACCCCUGGUGUCAGGAGCCUCUACCUGGCCCUGAAGCUCCCAGAUGGCUCCUAUGCCCUCAAUGGUGGAUACACACUGGCACCCUCCUCCACCGACGUGGUGCUGCCUGGGGCAGUCAGCCUGCGCUACAGUGGGGCCACGGCAGCCUCUGAGACACUGGCGGGUCACGGGCCACUGGCCCAGCCCUUAACGCUGCAGGUCCUGGUGGCUGGCAGUGCCCAGAAUGCGCGCAUCCGGUACAGCUUCUUCGUGCCCCUGCCCGCCCCUCCGCCGCCACGCCCCGCUGCCCAGGACUGGCUGCACCGCAAGGCACAGAUUCUGGAGGUCCUCCGGCGGCGCCCCUGGGCCGGCAGGAAGUAGCCUCACCAUCCCGGCCCUCACAUGCCCUUUCUGGCACUGGCCCAGACUUAGCUGGGAGAAAAGGGCUUUGCAGGAGCCUCACGCUGGACACACUGGGGAGAGCUAGCCCCCAUAACAACGAUGUACAGGCCGGCCCUGCCUGGUUCCUGCCCUGGAGGCAGCAACCGUGGAUGGAAGGGGCUGGGAGACAGUCCCCUGUCUAAACUGCCCCUUUGCCCUGCUGGUCACAGGAGGGAGGGGAAGGCAGGAUGGCCCUGUUGUAUUUAUUUAGUAUUUAUUCACCUUUAUUUAGCACUGGGGAAGGGGUUCUGGGGAAACUGACCCCUGCUCCUCAUGGCCCUCACCCUGGCUAGGAAACCCAGGGAGGUGGGUGAAAAGCCUACGUGGCCUGUGUGUGUCUGUGUAAGAAAAUGUGGGUGCAUUUGUGUGUGAGGUGCAGCCUGCCCUGCUUUCUUCUCCCUAAGAUCUGUUUUCUGGGAAAGGAAGACUCAGGGUAGGGCAGGUCUUCAGGGAGUAAGGGAUUAUCAUAUUUUUAAAUAUAAAUGGAAUUCUGCUAUUUAUGUGCCCCUUUCAGAGUCGGACAGACAUGGGCUGAAUCCUGGCCCCACACUGCUGACCAUCAGUUUCCUCAAUUGGCAAUAAUAAUACCUCCUUUAGAGAUUUGUCUUGGAGAUUAAUGUAAAUAAACAACUAGAAACAA